CGCCCGCGCCCGCGCCCGCCGCGGGGAGAGGCAGUUCGCGCCCCGCGGCCCCGGCUCGGCCCGCGCGCGCCCCGCACAGCCCGCGCCGCCGUCGACCCCGCCAUGGCGGAGGUUGGGGGGGUCUUCGCCUCCUUGGACUGGGAUCUGCAUGGCUUCUCCUCGUCUCUAGGGAACGUGCCCUUAGCUGACUCCCCGGGUUUCCUGAACGAGCGCCUGGGCCAGAUUGAGGGAAAGCUGCAGCGCGGCUCGCCCACAGACUUCGCCCACCUCAAGGGGAUCCUGCGGCGCCGCCAGCUCUACUGUCGCACCGGCUUCCACCUGGAGAUCUUCCCCAACGGCACGGUGCAUGGCACCCGCCUCGACCACAGCCGCUUCGGAAUUCUGGAAUUUAUCAGCCUGGCUGUGGGGCUGAUCAGCAUCCGGGGAGUGGACUCUGGCCUGUACCUAGGAAUGAAUGAGCGAGGAGAACUAUAUGGAUCGAAGAAACUCACACGUGAAUGUGUUUUCCGGGAACAGUUUGAAGAAAACUGGUACAACACCUAUGCCUCCACCUUGUACAAACACUCGGACUCGGAGAGACAGUAUUAUGUGGCCCUGAAUAAGGACGGCUCACCCCGGGAGGGAUACAGGACUAAACGACACCAGAAAUUCACUCACUUUUUACCCAGGCCAGUAGAUCCUUCUAAGUUACCCUCCAUGUCCAGAGACCUUUUCCGCUAUAGGUAAUGGACCUCUGGCGUGACCUCUGUGACCCAUGUACUCUGGGGCCACAGUUGUCUCUGC